AUGCGUUUCUCUGAAUGGACAGGCUUGUUCCCAGGCCUGAUUCUGGCCCUCCUCAUCGCAUGUGUUGAAGCAGCUUUUGGUGAAGCCCACGAUCCGUUGGUGUACGAGAGCAAAGACUCGGACCAGGCAAUUCUUGCAGGCCUUUGUCCGGAUUACACGAACUAUGCUCGUCACAAGCAUUCACCUCUGAGCGAAGGGCCGCUACAACUCCCGUUCCAGAGACCACAUGCUCACUGUCGCGAAUUCUCCUCGCCGGCCGUCGAACGAGUGAUUGAAGAUCUAUACCCUCGCUUUAAAGAUCGAGACCUAGCCCAAAUAUUCCGCAAUGCCUUUCCCAACACUCUCGACACGACGGUUCUUUGGCAUGUGGACGGGGUGAAGACACAUGCGCCCGCUUCGCGGCUUGCCAGAGACAAGGACAAAUGGCAAGGCGCCCAGACGUUCAUAGUCACGGGCGACAUCAACGCAGAGUGGCUUCGGGAUUCGACAAACCAACUGGCGCAAUACCAGCGUCUUGCCAGGUCUGCACCGGACAUUUCGAAUCUUAUCCUGGGCGCGAUCAAUACCCAGGCCGAGUUUGUCAUCGCAUCUCCAUACUGCAAUGCUUUCCAGCCUCCGGACCCGUCUCGCCUGCCGCCCGUACAUUCAGGACAAGAGGAUAUUGUUCACCCAGUCUACGAACCGAGCGUCGUUUUCGAAUGCAAGUAUGAGCUGGACAGUCUGGCAUCGUUCCUUGCCCUCACGCAUCAAUACCACGCGGCGACGGGCUCGACAGCGUUUCUGACGAAUCGGUGGUUUAAGGCUAUCGAAUCUCUUCUCCAUGUACUUGACACACAAGCGCGACCAACUUUCAACCCCACCUCUGGCUGGUACGAAAAGAACGAGUACACCUUUACGCGGGUGACGCGACUGGGCACCGAAACGCUCAAUCUCGACGGAAUCGGCAAUCCUCUGGCGAACGGCACGGGACUGAUCCGAUCAGCAUUCCGACCAUCGGACGAUGCUACGAUUUUCGGAUUCUUCAUCCCUGCCAACGCCAUGAUGUCGGUCGAGCUGGCCAAUAUAGCCCGGAUGCUGCGCGACGCCGCGGCCGUGUGGUCGGCGCCCAAUGAAGCGAAAUGGUUCCUCAAGGUCGCCCAGGGCCUGCAAACUCGCGCCGAGACGAUCCGAGCGGGAAUCUACAAGCAUGCGGUGGUGUCACACCCCGAGUUCGGCGAUGUGUUUGCCUACGAAGUCGACGGCUACGGCUCGCAUCUGUUGAUGGACGAUGCCAACAUUCCGUCGCUUCUGUCGCUGCCGCUGUUUGGCUUCGUCGACGCCGACGACCCCAUCUACCAGAAUACCAGACGCAUGAUCCUCUCACAGCGCGGAAACCCCUAUUUUCUCUCCGGCUCCAAAUUCAGCGGUAUAGGGGGACCUCAUAUAGGGCUGCGCAACGCUUGGCCCAUGUCUGUUCUGGUGCAGGCCAUGACGAGCACGGAUGAUGCCGAGAUCAUUGACUGUAUUGACCGCGUCAAGAACGUCAGUGUUCUAGGUCUUAUUAAUGAAAGUGUCGACGUCCAUCGCGGUGUCAGGCCCGGCGGUGAAGGUAUGACUCGCAGCUGGUUUGCCUGGGCCAACAGUGUCUUUGCCCAGGCCAUCCUAUGGCUCGUCGAAAACAAGCCUGAAUUGGUCUUGAAUGACGAUGGGACCGGCAAGAUGAGGUAUAUCGUCGGAAAAGGCUGGGUGGAUUGA